UGCAGCCAUUGCACCGCGGAGCAUCCCACAUUCAACAGGAGGAGCCCGCGGGAGAGGAGCCCCGAGCCCCACGCGCCACAGCCACUGCAGCCCGUGCGCCCCGCGCCCCCGCGCGCCAUGGCCAAGGAAGGCGUGGAGAAGGCAGAGGAGACGGAGCAAAUGAUCGAGAAGGAGGCAGGCAAGGAGCCCGCGGAGGGCGGCGGCGGCGGCUCUCACCGCCUCGGGGACGCCCAGGAGAUGCGGGCCGUGGUGCUGGCCGGCUUCGGGGGACUCAACAAGCUGCGGGUCACCCGGAAGGCCAUGCCUGAGCCGCAGGACGGCGAGCUCAAGAUCCGCGUCAAAGCCUGUGGUUUGAACUUCCUCGACUUGAUGGUGCGACAAGGGAAUAUUGACAACCCUCCCAAGACUCCCCUGGUGCCAGGAUUUGAGUGCUCUGGGAUUGUCGAAGCUCUGGGGGACAGCGUUAAAGGAUUUGAGAUCGGGGACCGUGUCAUGGCAUUUGUCAAUUACAACGCUUGGGCAGAGGUGGUCUGCACUCCGGUGGACUUUGUCUACAAGAUCCCAGAGGACAUGAGCUUCUCUGAGGCUGCUGCCUUCCCCAUGAACUUUGUCACCGCCUACAUGAUGCUCUUUGAAGUUGCCAACCUCCGAGAAGGGAUGUCCGUGCUUGUACACUCGGCUGGCGGUGGCGUGGGCCAAGCUGUGGCUCAGCUGUGCUCCACUGUCCCCAAUGUGACUGUCUUUGGGACGGCUUCUACCUUCAAGCAUGAAGCCAUCAAAGACUCUGUGACCCACCUCUUUGACAGAAAUGCAGACUACGUGCAGGAAGUGAAAAGAAUCUCUGCAGAAGGAGUGGACAUUGUUUUGGAUUGCCUCUGUGGGGAUAACACUGGAAAAGGUCUCAGCCUUCUCAAACCACUGGGAACCUACAUUUUAUAUGGUUCGUCCAACAUGGUAACUGGAGAGACCAAGAGCUUCUUUAGCUUUGCAAAAUCAUGGUGGCAGGUGGAGAAGGUGAACCCCAUCAAGCUAUAUGAAGAGAACAAAGUCAUCGCUGGGUUUUCCCUUCUAAACCUACUCUUCAAACAGGGCCGGGCUGGCCUCAUUCGAGGAGUGGUGGACAAACUCAUUGGGCUCUACAACCAGAAGAAGGUCAAGCCCGUGGUGGACUCCCUAUGGGCCCUGGAGGAGGUGAAGGAGGCCAUGCAGCGGAUCCACGACCGAGGCAAUAUCGGCAAAUUAAUUCUGGAUGUAGAAAAGACCCCGACUCCACUGAUGGCCAAUGACAGCACGGAGACCAGCGAGGCAGGCGAAGAGGAGGAGGACCACGAGGGGGACGGCGAGAACAAAGAGAGGAUGCCCUUUAUCCAGUAAGCCCCGGACCCAGGCAGGAGGCUGUGAAGGAUGCUCUGGAGGAAGAGGAGCCGGCUGAGAAAACUCUCCCGUGCCCCCGUGAACAAAUGCUGUAGUCCAGUGCGUGUUGUGUUUGUCUGCAGUCAGCUGAGCUAAAAAGCUGUUGAUCACUGUUGUUUCUGAAAUUAAGUGCCAAGCCCACCCCGUGCAGUA